CUGCAAAAUGAAAUUUCAGUGGUUCAUGUUCAGAGCUCUGUGGAUUCUCCUCAUUUUACCAACUUUCAGUGGAGAAAGCCUGUGCAAAAGUGAACUUUUACUAAGCAGUAACAUUUCUACUGAGCUCCAGUCUGAUGUCCUGCUGCCGUGUAACUUUAAUCCAACUCUCCUCGGAUCAGAUAAGACUGCAGAUAUAGCAGUAGUGUGGAGUCAAAGGAACACAACAAUACACCAUCUAGUGGAGAUCACUCUACAGGGAAAUGUGAUGUUUUGGGAUUCUAAAGGUGGACGUAUCAAGACGUUCCCUAAGCUCUCUGAAUCAGGAAACUUCUCCAUCCUCCUUCAGAAAGUGCAGCCGUAUGAUCUGGGUCUCUACCACUGUGAGCUGUUUAACGGGACCGGCUGCAGAAUUGCAUAUCAGGAGCUACACCUGCUUGUCAGCAUCCAACAAAGCCAAGAGAACUAUCAGUUAAUGUGGAGCACAGUUGGAGCAUUCUCAGGAGGAAUUGUGCUGCUUGCUGUAUUCACAACCUGUUUGUUACAUGCAAAACGCAGACAGAAUAUCACUGUUAUCGAAUCUGACUAUGAAAACAUUGUGGGUGCAACAGCACACUCAGACAGAGGAAGUGAAUCAAGAGAGAAUCCAAUAUAUGACACUUCCUGUCAGCCAGAAUCCAGUAACAAUGCAAGAGAAAAGGAAGGGCUUUCAUCUGAUACUCCAGUGUAUGCCACUGUCAAGAAGGGAAAAAUAGUUAAUAGAACCUAAAGGAAGCCAUAAACACAGUGUGACAUUUUAUAGGAAAAGAGUUUAUGAUGACAUAUGUACUAAAACUGAAUAUAUAGUUUGAUCAUUUACCCCAUGUCAUUCUUAUUAUGCAGUCAGUAGCCAAGUUUCUGUCCACUUUUACGCUUUUCUGCA